CACGCAUUCGACCUACGCGAGAGAGUCAACAUGUGUGCGGUUGGCUUAGCAUCCAACUUAACCGAGAGCAGCAGCUCAGUUGCAGUUUGAAGUUGAAAUUUAGAAGAUCGACGGAGGGCUCAGCGUCUUUUCGAGAAAAUAAAAAACGGUGGCUCGUGGUUAACUAUUAUUCGUUACUACCUUAUUUUCCGCUUUAUCCCACCAUUCGAGAGAACGGAACGUAAGAAGCAGCAUAAUACGAUUCGUUGAGAAGAUUCCAUCAUUCACAGACCGUAGUGAACGUUUCAAAGCAAAAAAAAAAACGGCAGCAGGAACAACAACAAAACACACACAACAAAGCUUCUCAGCCAGCAAAGAGGAGGGCUACAGUGUGAGGGCGACCCCGUACAACAUAAGGUCUGUAAUUUUUCGGUACAAGACCGUUUUUCCGUACCACACAUUACCUGGUGGUUGCAGGUGGUGUUGGUGGUGGUGGUUGGGUGAAAGAUGCCUUUACACCGUACGGUGGUGUUCUUGGGCCGCAACCAACCUUCCGGUCGGAGCAGUGCAAGUUUCGUACCGACGAUCGUGUUUUGAGGCGCGCGUUUUCACGGCUCGUUGCUGGUUUGAGAAAAGAAGGGAAAAGUGUACACGUUUAAUGGCGUUGAUCAUUUGAAUUGUUCGACGGAAAAGGCACACAUUGGUGCGGUUUUACGUGUGUGUUUUAUGGCAAAACAGUGAAAAUAGUGCAACGGUCUAUAAUGGUAGAAUUUCGCCCAGAAAGUGAAUCGAGUUCGAUGGAGCAGUGAAUUUCCUGUUGUAUGUGAAGUGAGUAGUGAGUUUGAAGAUUGGGCGUACAAUUGUGUGAACAAGUGUUUCUCUGCACAGUACAGGAAGUACAGUGCGGCCGGUUUGUUUGACGGUGUUCAAGUAUGCGUAUCCAAGGUCAGAAUCAUCCUUCGAUCGGAUGAAAAACUUUCCUUUUUGGCAAUGUUUCACUAGUAGGAGCGAGGAAAAGUAAGGCUUCCUUUUUUGUAGUUUAUUUGAAAUAAAAGUGGUCCAAAAUUGGAGAAUUGGAAGAAAUAGAGAUCGGAAAAGUAUAACCACAAAUAUCGGCAAAUAUAAUACAAAUGGUGAAUGCUAUGAAUUUCGUAAAGUGUUUCCAAGAGAGAAGAAAAACAGUCGACUAUUUACAUCGAAACCAGCAUUAAAGCGCUAACGUUGUAAUUGUACUGCAUUUAUGUAACAUUUGCCUGGCAUCAAGACGUUGAACGACAGUAUUAUAUUAGGGUGUUUCGUUUCGUGUCGUGAAUUUCUUGCCAAUUGAACAAAACCUAUUACAAUACAACGCCAACGAGUGGUGUCGUGCGUGCUAUGGAGCAGCAAACACUUACGGCAACCGUGGCAGCCCACAACAACCACACCGAGCCUAUGAUGAGCUAGUGCCUAAAGUCGUGAAGCAAGUGGUUUUGAACCGAGAUUCAGACAGUGCGGUAGAAUAAACGAGCGGGAGAGAAAGAAAACGAGUGUUGAAAAGAAAAACCCAACAACCUGUUGCAUUGCGCACAAGAGGGAAACGUGACGUGAUAUAUAAAGCCGAGUGAUAAAACAGUGAUGAUGGGUGCGUACGGUGUUAGGGUGAUGACGGUGGCACUAUUGCUGAGCCUGCUCUUUUCAUCUGCGAGCUGCUACAUGCGAGACUUUACGCAUAAACAUGAGAUCAACGAAAUGAGAGUAUGCAUCGGUACCAAUGGACGGAUGUCAGUGCCGGCGAAUCGCGAGUAUCACUUUAAAAAUUUGCGCGAUCGCUACACCAACUGUACGUACGUCGAUGGCAAUCUGGAGAUCACCUGGAUACAGAACAUCACCGACCUCAACUUUCUCCAGCACAUCCGCGAGGUGACGGGUUAUGUGUUGCUCAGUCAUAUCGAUCUGCCCCAGGUUAUCCUGCCGCGGCUACAAAUCAUCCGUGGCCGUACAACGUUCAAGCUGAACAAGUGGGAAGAAGCGUACGGACUGUUCGUAUCGUUUUCGCACAUGAACACACUGGAAUUGCCCGCCCUGCGCGACAUCCUCGGCGGUUCGGUUGGGUUCUUUAACAACUACAAUCUGUGCCACGUCCGAUCGAUCAACUGGGAGGAAAUUCUGUCGGCACCGCAAACCAGCAUGCAGUACACGUUCAACUUCUCGUCACCUGAGCGCGAAUGUGCACCUUGCCAUCCGUCGUGUGAGGCGGGCUGCUGGGGUGAGGGUGCCCACAACUGUCAGCGGUUCAGCAAGCUAAACUGCUCGCCCCAGUGCUCGCAGGGUAGAUGCUUCGGUCCGAAACCUCGCGAAUGUUGCCAUCUGUUCUGUGCCGGCGGAUGUACCGGUCCGACCCAGCAAGACUGUCUAGCGUGUAAGAACUUCUACGACGAUGGAGUCUGCAAACAGGAGUGUCCACCGAUGCAGAUAUAUAAUCCAACGAAUUACUUCUGGGAACCGAAUCCGGAUGGCAAAUACGCUUACGGUGCGACCUGUGUGAGAAAGUGUCCGGAGCAUCUCCUCAAAGAUAACGGUGCCUGUGUGCGAAAGUGUCCGAAGGGGAAGAUGCCACACAACAGCGAGUGUGUACCGUGUAAAGGCGUAUGUCCAAAGACCUGCCCGGGCGAAGGUACCGUGCAUUCAGACAACAUCGGGAACUACAAAGACUGUACCAUCAUUGAAGGAUCGUUGGAGAUUCUCGAUCAAUCGUUCAACGGUUUCCAGCACGUGUACGCAAACUUCUCGUUCGGUCCACGCUACAUCAAGAUGGAUCCCGAACGGUUGGAGGUGUUUUCCACUGUGAAGGAGAUUACGGGUUUUAUCAACAUUCAGGCACAUCACGAGAACUUUACCACGUUAAACUAUUUCCGAAACCUGGAAGUGGUCGGUGGACGUCAGCUGAAGGAGAAUUUGUUCGCCUCGGUGUACAUUGUAAAGACGUCUUUAAAAUCGCUCGAACUGAAGUCACUCAAGCGCGUCAAUUCGGGCUCGAUUGUGAUACUGGAAAAUAGUGAUCUUUGCUUUGUGGAGGAAAUUGAUUGGAGCGAAAUCAAGAAAAGUUCCGACCAUGAGGUGAUGGUGCAGAAGAAUCGUAAUGCUACCGAAUGUCAUACGGAAGGAAUGCAAUGUUCGGAGCAGUGCUUCAGAACUGGAUGUUGGGGCAAAGGACCGGAACAAUGUUUGGAGUGCAAGAAUGUCAAGUACAAAGGAAGGUGUUUGGAUAGUUGCAAGAGCUUGCCAAGAUUGUACCAAGUGGACACAAAAACGUGUGGAGACUGUCAUGCGGAAUGUAAGGAUUUCUGUCACGGUCCAAAUGCGGACCACUGCGGUUCCUGUGUGAAUGUGAAGGAUGGUCGGUUCUGUGUGGCAGAGUGUCCCAUCAUGAAGCAUGCAAUGAACGGCACGUGUAUUAAUUGUCACAAAACGUGCGUUGGAUGCCGAGGUCCUCGGGAUACGAUCGCUCCUGAUGGUUGUAUCUCGUGCGAAAAGGCAAUCAUCGGUAGUGAUGCGACCAUCGAACGGUGUCUGAUGAAGGAUGAAUCUUGUCCAGAUGGAUACUACAGUGAUUACGUGCUGCAGGAGGAAGGUCCACUAAAGCAACUGUCCGGUAAAGCCGUAUGCCGCAAGUGUCAUCCACGCUGCAAGAAGUGCACUGGAUACGGGUUUCACGAACAAUUCUGUCAGGAAUGUACCGGCUACAAGAAGGGCGAACAGUGUGAAGACGAAUGUCCGCAGGAUUAUCACGCGAACGAGGAAACGCGCGUCUGUGUGCCGUGCCAUCAGGAAUGUCGCGGUUGUCAUGGAAUCGGUGCCGAUCAAUGUGACGAGUGUCGCAAUUUGAAACUCUUCGAAGGUGACCCGUACGACAACUCGACAGCGUUCACGUGCGUUUCAAACUGCCCUGCCUCACAUCCUUACAAGCGUUUCCCACAGGAGGCGGGUAAACUUGGACCUUACUGCUCGGCCGACCCACUCCAGAGUGGGUUACGAAUUGAGCCACAAACACAGGUGAAGAUCGUGAUGGGAAGUGUCGUGGUGCUAGUGCUGGUAUGCAUAGUGUUUGGAAUAGUAUUCGUCCUGUUCAGCCGUCACAAGAACAAGAAGGAUGCGGUCAAGAUGACGAUGGCACUGGCCGGAUGUGAAGAUUCGGAACCACUGCGCCCAUCGAACGUUGGCCCAAAUCUGACGAAGUUACGCAUCAUUAAGGAGGCUGAGAUUCGGCGAGGAGGUGUUCUGGGUAUGGGAGCAUUCGGACGAGUGUUCAAGGGUGUCUGGAUGCCGGAAGGCGAGAGUGUGAAGAUUCCCGUCGCGAUCAAGGUACUGAUGGAGAUGUCCGGAUCGGAGUCGAGCAAGGAGUUCCUAGAGGAAGCGUACAUUAUGGCAUCAGUGGAGCAUCCGAACUUGCUGAAGCUGUUGGCAGUUUGUAUGACCUCACAAAUGAUGCUGAUCACGCAGCUAAUGCCACUCGGUUGUUUGCUGGACUACGUGCGCAACAAUAAGGACAAGAUUGGAUCGAAGGCACUUCUGAACUGGUCCACACAGAUUGCACGCGGUAUGGCCUAUCUGGAGGAACGCCGUCUUGUGCAUCGUGAUCUGGCCGCUCGUAACGUACUGGUGCAAACUCCUUCGUGUGUCAAGAUUACCGAUUUCGGUUUGGCGAAGCUCCUCGACUAUGAUUCCGAUGAGUACCGUGCGGCUGGUGGCAAGAUGCCAAUCAAGUGGCUUGCGCUGGAGUGCAUCCGGCAUCGUGUGUUCACGAGCAAGAGUGACGUGUGGGCGUUCGGAAUAACUAUUUGGGAACUGCUCACGUACGGUGCGCGGCCGUACGAGAAUGUACCCGCCAAGGACGUCCCGGAGCUGAUCGAAAUUGGUCACAAACUGCCUCAGCCGGAUAUUUGCUCACUGGAUGUGUACUGCAUUUUGCUUUCCUGCUGGGUGUUGGAUGCUGAUGCGAGACCCACCUUUAAACAGCUGGCCGAAACGUUCGCCGAAAAGGCACGGGAUCCGGGACGGUAUCUGAUGAUCCCUGGUGAUAAGUUUAUGCGCUUGCCCUCGUACACCAAUCAGGACGAGAAGGAUCUGAUACGUACACUGGCACCGGUUGCGAUGGCGGCGGCUGCGGCCGCUGCUUCAACCGUCGAUGUGCCUAGCACGAUUGCGGAAACGGACGAGUACCUGCAGCCAAAGACGAGACCUUCAAUCAUGUUACCGGGACCGUCGGCGGUCGACCCGUCGGAUGAGGUACCAAAGUCACUGCGCUACUGCAAGGAUCCGCUCAAGCCGGACGAUGAAACGGACGGCAAUGGUAAGGAGGUCGGUGUCGGUGGCAUCCGGCUGAACUUGCCGCUGGACGAAGAUGAUUACCUGAUGCCAACUUGCCAAAGCCAAAACCAGUCCACGCCGGGCUACAUGGAUCUGAUCGGUGUGCCGGCGAGCGUUGACAAUCCCGAGUAUUUGAUGGGUUCGACGCAAGCAAUUGCGGCAAUGGCCCAGGGUUCCAUGGGAUCCCACACGCCACCGCCAAACUCUCCCCACGGUAUGCCAAUGCAGACCGCCUCCCAGCACUCCCAGAUACAGCCACAACCCAUUCAGCAACCACUGCAGGUACUGCAGCAUCAGUACCAGCAGCAGCUUCAGCAGCAGCAACAGCAACAACAGCAGCAACAUCAGCAGCAGUUGCAGCACCAUCAUCAACAGCAACUGUCCCAAUCGUCGUCGCACCACUCUUCCGCCUCCAACGGACCCAACCCGCCAAUCAGCCAUACACCUUCCCUCAGUAACGCUAGCAGUAGUGUCGGUCUGAAACAGUCCGAUUCCAUCCUUCAGAUGCAAACGACGGGCGGUGUGCUGCAUCAGCAGCAAUCGUCACCACCGACGCAAACGAUCGGUAUCCCACUGUCACCGACGGAAACGGAAGCGACCUCCUCCGAGCACGAGUACUACAACGAUUUGCAGCGCGAGCUGAUUCCGUUGCAUCGUAACGAAACGACUGUCUAGUUUUGUCCCACCAUAAAGCGGAACAGGACGCAUAACUAGCUUGCCACAGGACUGAGAAAACGCCUCCAAUGCCGUAAUAGCCGUACAACGAACCGUAAGUCUGCAGGAGGCGACCAGAAUUGUUUUAUGUGUUUAAUGUUUAUAGUUUAUCCUUAGCAGUAGUACCUAGCGACCGCAAGUGCCUUUGAGAUAGCAGAAGUUAUUCGUAUCCGAACGUGUGUCGGCUCGCGUGUAAAGCCGAUCGGAGCAGAUACACGUUUGCAUUUAGCAGAAGUUUUAGUUGAGGGAGUACAGAAGCAUGUACAUAAAGAGAUACUGACAAAUAUCACAUAGCUAUUAUGCGUGCGUAUAAAGGCACCGAGUAAGAGACAUAUAAUGCGUAAGACGGUACUUAAAAGCCCACCAGGCAAAAACCAGGCAACAGAUACACGUAAAUAGUUACAAUAUGGCCGAUAUCGAACGUAGUACAACGUAGUGCAGCAAUAGCUGAGUGUGGUCCAAAAAAGUACGAUCGAGAAGAAGAGGGAAGAACAAACAAAGAACACAGUGCUUACAAAUUCCGUCAAGCCGUUUGCUGCCAUGUAAUCAACAUUUAAAAAAAACUCGGCCGUCUGAGAUAGGAUGCGCACCAGAAGCUAGGUAGAUGCGAUCAAGCCGUGCUCGAUGAUGCCCCCGAUGAGGAGAUGAUUUUAUUUCAUUAGAAUACCUGUGAUACUACUUUUAAAAUUCGUACUUUUACAAACAUUUUUUUUUAUAUAACGGUAAGCUCUCGCGCGAGCUUUUGUCGUUGUUGCGUAAGGGUUGCAACGAGCAUAGGAGAACCGUCGGUGUAUACGGGCACUUGAUCAGCAGUUGAACUACAAAAUCAAUUACGAGUAGCUGUUAUGAAUGCAAUGAAUAGAUUUCCUUUAUCGCAAAACCCAAACGUCUUGCUGCAAAUUCUGCCCCAUUUUACAAGAAGCUGAUAUAGAGAAGACUUGUUCGAAAGGAUGGCUCACGUUUUAAAUACUUAUUAUACGACACUUGCGGUCUCCCCCAACCUUAGUUGUCCCACCCACAUGCUUGCCUGCAUACGAAUGCUACUUAAAAAAACAGAUGAUGGAUUGUGAUGCUUCUUCCUAGCGAUCGCUUCCAUCGUCCCCGUACGUUCUUCUUAGUGUACUUCGAGGCUUAAGUGGUCCUCUCCCUGUGUAACUCCUCUUUUGCCAGCUGUACUAGCAAAUCAGUAGAAUGAAAAACAACCGGAACGAUACAUUUAUUUUCUGCGUACUAUUAGUGGUAAUUCCUUGUAGUAGUUGGUUGUAUCUAGGGAACGAGUAUCUACGAUGUGUACAUAUAUACAAUAUACUGCAUCCAAUCCGUAUUGACUGCAAUGGAAACCGAUCGAAUAAACAAAUUAAAAUUUGUGUAUCACGUAGGAAACGAUAUAUUUGUACAUAGAGCUAGGACAGGUAGCAGUAGGGAAGUGUUAUGGUGACCACGUCGUAUAUUGAAUAGCGCUCAGUUUUAGACGAGCUAACAGGCCGAUGCUCGGUAAGUGAAGGGUUUUAAUUUUAAAGUGUAGAACAAAACAUGUCGAAUGCCAGGCACGCUUAAGCUAUUUCAAACACCCGCACAUACGAAUAGAGAAGGGUGCAUAUCGUGGCUGUGUCCUGCGGAACGUUGUCCCUCCGCUGGGAGAGCUGGGUAGACGAACAACGAAAGCAAUAGAAACAAAAACACACCGCAAAAGCAAUAACUUAGCGUCAGGUUUGUGGCGCCUUUUACGAGUUCCACUCCUUUGAAACGUAUCAACGAUAGACACGUAUACUAUUACGAAAUCGUGCCAUUGUGAAGUCUUCGUUAACACGUUUGCUGGAUGUUAGUGAUAUAAGAAGCUACCCAGCUCAGUGCGCUUCGUCUGUACCUUUACCUAUGCGGAAAGGACACGCGAGCAGCAGGGGCAACAGCCACGGACACAGCUGGGCUAUAUGCAACCUUCCUUCUGGAUGUGCUCAUGUUAAGCGAAAUGUAUCGAGGGAUCCUUACUUGUUGACAGUUUUAAAUUAUACGUAUUUUAAAAUAAUAA